AAAAAAAGCACAGUCCGGUUACAGAGGCGCUCCUGUUGGCUACAUUCUCAGUCUUUCGCCGCUCUGGAUGGCUGGUUAACCACAGACGAGUCCCUCUUCUUUCUCAUUGAUGCGAUAAAAGCGGAUAUUUCUAACCUUUUCUGGAAUCUUCUAGAGGAGCUGCAAGAUGAAAUACAAAAACCUAAUGGCCAAAGCGCUGUACGACAACAUGCCCGAGUCCCCAGAGGAGCUGGCCUUCCGGAAAGGGGACAUCCUGACUGUGAUCGAACAGAACACCGGCGGCCUAGAGGGCUGGUGGCUCUGCUCUCUGCACGGCCGCCAAGGCAUCGCCCCCGGAAAUCGCCUGAAGCUGCUCAUAGGGCCUAAAUUCGAGGCCCAGUCGCCCGCCUCCGCUGCCGCCGCCUCUGCCCAGCCGCCCCUCCAGAGCUCGGGCUUCCAGCAGAAGGCCGGCACGGGGGCUCAGGGGCUGUACCAGGUGCCACCUUCCCUGCAGAGUUCACAGCAGCAGAGCCAGCAGAGCAUCUACCAGGUGCCCUCAGCGCAAGAUGUCUACCAGGUCCCACCGAGGAGUACCCUAGCUGCUGAUAACACACCGAACAAGGUGGUGACCCCCACCAGAGUGGGACAGUUGUACACCUACAGCCCAGGACAGCACAACCAGCAGGACCUCUAUGAUGUCCCACCCAGUAGAUCACAGGGGGUGUAUGAUGUUCCACCUGGUCAGAUGCUAGGUUCGCAAUACCCUGGACAGCAGGGAGGCGCACGGAACCAAGACAUCUACGACGUGCCCCCGUCUCAAACUGAUCUCAGGACAGGACAAGACGUUUAUGAUGUUCCUCCUUCCUCUUCGCAAUCGGUCUACUCGGUGCCGCCCUGCAGAGCAAACCCCGCCCCCCAGGAGGGCACCUACGACUUCCCUCAGCCUCUCAAACACAUGCAGGAGGGCAUCUAUGACGUUCCACCACCCGCAAUCAGCAAAACCACGCAGAACCCCCAGUCUCAUUACGACUUCCCCCCCAGCAUGGAGCCCUCGGGUCAGCACCAAAAGCAGAACAGCAACGAGGGCAUCUACGACGUACCUCCGACCGCUCUUCUCUCAGCGGGCGCCGGCUCUCAGAGCGACGUCUAUGACAUCCCGCGGGGCAUGCAGCUCCCCCAGCACAGAAGCUCGCCCGCCGAUCGAGACAAAGGCGUGUAUGAUGUCCCCGCUCAGGAUUCCCGUGCAGUUGCGGAUGUGACGGAAGGCGUGAACCGCUUGUCGUUCUCCAGCACGGGAAGCACGCGAAGCAGCAUGUCCACUUCCUCGUCCUCCACGGGCUCCAGCGCCGAGGGGCGCUUGGUUUUGGAUGUCGACACAGCAGUCCAGAGGUUGUUCCGUCUGCAGCAGGCUGUGGAGGCCUCAGUCGGGGCUUUGCAUUCAAUGGCGGCGUCCCCUCACUGGAGGACUUUUCCCUUCAUGGAGCGCCACGCCAACGAUGUCCGCACAGUGCUGGACAGGAUCCGUGCGAGCGUGGGGGACUUUGUUGUAUUCGGAAGAGGUGCCGCCGCCAACGCCACGGCCCUUUCCGACUCCACCCUUCACAGCAAGAUGAGACGGCAGCUGGGCCGCCUGGAGGACUCGCAGCAGAUCCUCCUGCAGAUCUACCAAGUCCUGGAAAACAGCUGCUGGGCGCUGAACACGUUAGCCGCCUCGGCCGCUAGCAAGCAUCACAACAAGAGCGACGAGCUGGCCCGCUUCGUCAUGGUGUCCAGAACCGUGCCGGACGACGCCAAGCAGCUGGCCUCCACGAUAGGGAACAGCGCCGAGUUGCUAUUCAGGCGGACGCACAUGGAGGGGUCCUUCUCCAGCGGGAGCACGCCCGACGAGAACAUGAGCCACCCGCUCACGUCGCCCUCUUCGGACAGCGACACCUACGGGGGUCAGACCAAGCCGUUUCCUGUCCCUUCCAGCCAAGACAAAGACAACAUGAACCACAGCGAGAAGUGCGUCAAGAGCUGGAUGGAAGACUACGACUACGUACAUCUGCAGGGCAAAGAAGACUUUGAACGUCAGCAGAAGGAGCUGUUGGAGAAAGAAAACAUCAUCAAGCAGAAUCAAGCUCAGCUGGGCCAAGAGCAGAUCAACCAGUUCAAGAAGUUGGAGCAGGAGGUGAUCAAACCCGUGGAGAACGACAUCUCGCAGUGGAUGUCACACCAACACACGGGCAGGUCCCCGACCCCCCAGUCCGACACAUCCUCCUUGCCCACCUCCACUCGCGCGUGCGCCCGAGACCGCCAGCUGCUGGGCUUCUACUCGGAGCAGUGCGAGCAGCACUUCGUCACUCUCCUCAGCGCCGUGGACGCCUUCUUCAGCUGCGUGAGCGGCGGGCAGCCUCCGCGCAUCUUCGUGGCGCACAGCAAGUUCGUCAUCCUCAGCGCCCAUAAACUGGUCUUCAUCGGAGACACCCUGUCCCGGCAGGCCUCGGCCCCCGAGGUGGCCAACAGGGUGAUGAACUCCAGCAACGUGCUGUGUGACUUAUUAAAGACGGUGGUCGCCGCCACGAAGACGGCGGCGCUCAACUACCCCAACACGGCCGCCAUCCAGGAGAUGGUGGACAGAGUCACCGAUCUGUCGCAUCACUCGCAACAAUUCAAAGAACAGCUGCUUCAAAUGGCAAAAUGGUGAUUCUUCUCUUUUGGAUGUUGUAUAAAGUUCCCGUUGUGUAAAUAUUGGCUCUAUUUUUGUGUAGAUUGUUUCAUGUGGACUUUUUUUUUUUUCAUAACAUUCCAGUCAUAUAUAUAUAUUAUAUAAAGCACCUUAUGUUCAUUUCACCCAUAGAGUGUUGUUGAUGUGUCUUACUGCUGGAUGUGUGACAGUAGAUCCUAAAUCAUGUUAAUAUCAAUAUGUGUGUUUCUAUGUGGGAUCUCCACAGAUAAAGACUUGUUCAUAACCGUGA